CAGCUUGAUCCAAUCCAGGCCUUCUCCAAGACCCUUGAAAAUGCUUUUGCUGUCGAGGAGACAGCAGGCUUCUGGGCUUAGAUUAGAAUAUGGCUCCCCGUUUCUGGGUCCUUAGUGUGUCCAAACCCAAACCUACAUGGAGAAAACUGUCACUGCCGUUUAUGUUUUCUUCAUGCAGUGAAGCUUGAUUGAAAUGGCAGCAAAGCUUUCUGAGAUCCCAGCCCCCUAGUUUUUAUAGGCUUUUUGUUUACCUGUUUUGAUACAGUGAGCUGUUUUUAAUUAUGGCUGUGUCCUUUGCCCUGAGCAUACCUCUGGGCACACAGUUAGUUUGAGCUCCUCUUCUUCCAGUGGCUUGGAAAAGAAAGUCUGAGAGAAAUGCGGAACUGGGAUGGCUGUUCUUCUGCUUUCUGAUUCUCUGUCUUACCUGUGGUUUUCCCUUGCAGGGCAAAGUUCUCUGCCUGGGCCCAAGUCUGUGUGGGUGUCUCCUCCAUGCGCAAAGCUGCUCACUGUGCAGGAGGCACAGGAAGAGAGGAGAGGCCAGAGCAGCUCUCCUGCAGUGACAGUGAGCAGCGAGAUUGAAGUGGAGGAGAGCCCCGCAGCUGUCCCGGGCAACUUCCACACAGUCAUUGAUCUUCCAUCUAAAAGACCAAGUUCUCCCAGUAGGAGGGCAGAGUCAGCAGCUGGCAGUUGGUGUUCGUGCUUCUGCCUGCACAGACCAUCCAGUGUGGCCGAACACCAACUGCAGAGCAGUGCCAGGGAGCCCUCUGAAGCAGAAGUCGUGGUCCUGGCAGGUGACUCCAGCCCUUGUGUUAACGGAAGAUGCAGGGCAGAUGAUGAUGCGGCAUCCUGUGCUUCCAUCAAUAUAGAGCUGUUAGGAAGCACAGGAUGCUGCAGUUCAAACGACCAUUAUUUUAUGUGAGUGCAGCGGUGGAAGAAGAUAUUCAUCGAUCUUCAAGCUCUAAUUCAUGCAAUCCCCUGCUGAAAUCUGCUGACC